GAGAAAAGCCGAGAGAGCCUGCUUAUCGAGUCAUUUAGCAUUCAACAUGGCGUCGCUGACAUCCACAGCCAAAUUCAGUGAUAUAUACGAAUUGAAAGAAGAAUUGGGGAAGGGUGCGUUUUCUAUCGUGAGAAGAUGCGUGCAGAAAGCCACAGGUCUAGAGUUCGCUGCAAAAAUAAUUAAUACCAAGAAAUUAUCUGCAAGAGAUCACCAGAAAUUGGAAAGAGAAGCCAGGAUUUGUAGGUUGUUAAAGCAUCCCAAUAUAGUUCGCUUACAUGACAGUAUACAAGAUGAGGGGUUUCACUACCUAGUAUUUGAUUUGGUCACAGGAGGCGAACUGUUCGAAGAUAUAGUGGCUAGGGAAUUUUACAGUGAGGCUGACGCCAGUCACUGCAUACAGCAGAUUCUUGAGGGUGUUAACCAUUGCCAUCAAAACCAUGUAAUACAUCGUGACUUGAAGCCAGAGAACCAGCUUCUGUCCAGUAAACCAGAGAACCUGCUUUUGGCCAGUAAAGCAAAAGGAGCUGCUGUCAAACUAGCUGAUUUUGGCCUUGCCAUUGAGGUACAGGGGGACCAGCAAGCAUGGUUUGGUUUCGCUGGCACACCAGGUUACCUGUCUCCAGAAGUUCUCAGGAAAGACCCUUACGGAAAACCUGUAGAUAUCUGGGCUUGUGGAGUGAUAUUAUACAUCUUGUUGGUGGGUUACCCUCCUUUCUGGGAUGAAGACCAACAUAGGUUAUACGCUCAGAUUAAGGCUGGUGCAUAUGAUUACCCCUCACCAGAGUGGGACACAGUUACUCCUGAGGCUAAGAACCUCAUCAACAGUAUGCUCACUGUCAACCCAGCCAAGAGGAUCACCGCCUCUGAGGCCCUCAAACACCCCUGGAUAUGCCAACGGGAACGUGUGGCAUCUGUUGUCCACAGACAGGAGACAGUGGACUGCCUCAAGAAAUUCAAUGCUCGCAGGAAGUUGAAGGGAGCUAUCCUCACCACUAUGUUGGCCACACGAAACUUCUCAAUAAACAAAGGUAAUGUGCUUCAGCCAGUGGGGAAUGGCUCGCAAGUGUCAGCACCUGCAGGCCGCAGUUUGAAUGUGAAGAAGAAUGAUGGCAUCAAGGAGUCGACCGACAGUAGUACCAUCGAGGAUGAGGACACUAAGACUGUCAGCUCUCACCCUAUCUCCUUUCCUCUCCUCUGUCCGUCAGGCAAGCCAGACAUUGACAGUCGGAAACAGGAAAUCAUCAAGCUCACCGAACAGAUGCUGCAGGCGAUCACCAGCGGGGACUAUGAGGCGUACACGAAGCUCAUUGAUCCUCACCUGACAAGUUUUGAACCUGAGGCUCUUGGCAAUCUCAUUGUAGGCAUGGACUUCCAUAAGUUUUACUUUGAUCAUGUUUUGUCAAAAAAUAACAAGCCGGUGAACACCAGCAUUUUGAACCCUCACGUUCACCUGCUUGGGGAAGAUGCAGCGUGCAUUGCGUACAUCAGACUUACGCAGUACAUAGACAGGUCGGUCACAAACGGCCUGCCAGUGACAAUGCAGUCUGAAGAAACGAGAAUCUGGCAGAGAAAAGAUGGCAAGUGGCAGAACGUACAUUUCCACAGGUCCGGAAGCGCAUCAGCCCCACAUGCAAAAUAGACGUGCAUCACAAGUGACGGCGACGGUCAUGAUGUGAAGAGAAUCUUCAGUUUUUGGACAAUUUUUAGCUUUCUGAGGCAUCUUGUUUCCGAACUGUCUUCAAGUCCUCUCUGGUCGGUACACUGUGAUUGUCCAUGGAAAAAUCUUUUAUUCCAUUUAACAUACUUUUGCAAUCGAUGCAUCAUGAAAUGGCAUAGCGGGUUGGCAUGAUGACGAGAACAGAUGCUAAAGGCAUGCUUUACUGUAAGAACGAAGGAGUAAUGGUCUCGUUAGUAAACAUGCCAGUAUAACCAACUACUUAUGCCAGGAUGCCAUCACCACGGCAACUGUUGCCUAGGCAUACACACAUGUGACGUGCAAGUGUUGAGUCACGCGAUGCACGGUUGGUCUGAGUUACCAUGGCUAGGUUCGAGUCUGUGUUCAGAGCCUGGUUGAAUGUACAUGGGUUUGGUACUUGCAAUGUAGAAUUUGGUCACUGAUAUUAUCGAAAGAUGAAGGCUAAAGAAGCGUAGCAGUAAGAGACAUGAAAUCCCUAUUCUCAGUUAAGUGCAAUACUGGUAUCAUCGUGGACUUUUGCUCGUUUUCUCAGUGUGUGUUUUGUUUUUGAAGCAGUAAGCGUUCCGUCUGUUUUAAGCAUUUGUGUAAGCAUACAGCUUCUCAAACCGUUAGCCUUGGGCUCGUUUGUAGGUUUAUUCGUAGUUUAGAAAAACAUGAAUUGAUACUUCCAAAUUUUGUCAGUCUUAUGAGCAACCUAUAACCACAUUUAUAGCAUUUUCUAUAUUAACAAAAUCAUAUGCUGAAUAUUUACCCUUUCUUUGCUCCUGAGAUGAGUAGAUAUCUUACCUAGGAAUUUUCCCUUCAUUUGUUGAUGGCAUAAUGGUGCUCUUGUCUUGCUUGGGAAAGAAACUGCAACUAUGAUAAUAUAGUGUUUAAUUCUAAUCUGUAAAGUGUAAUUUUAUGCAUAAUAUGUUUUGAUUCAUAGGUUUUAAAACAAGGAAACGAUUUUUUUCUCAUUGCUGCAUACUAAUUGAGAGCUUGGUUUAAUUGUUUGUCACAUCAAAUUGUUCAAUUCAUUGAAAUAAAUUCAUCAUAAAGGAUACAGAUAUGAAUACUUUAAUCACUGCAAAAUGAUAGUAAUUUGGUCAAAUUGUAAUUUUGUUGGCUGCUAAAAAUUGAAAAAGCUAGCAUGACAAUUGUAAGCACUGGGUGUGUUUUUACAAUUGUUAAAGGUAUUAGUUUCAUGGUAAAGGUCCUUGUACCCAAGUGUAAUGGAAAAGUUUUGGAACUGCCAGUGCUACCACUAGGUGUAAUGUGUGGUAUGUGCAUACAUGUUGUAUAUAAUGGUUUGCAUAUAGUCCCUCGCUCUUUUUAUUUGCCACUUGUCAUAGGUUCUGUACAUUUUUUCUCAGGAAACAUCAUAAUGAUUUUCCACUUUAUAAUGGAACUGUAAAAACGUGUAAUUUUUGUUGAAAAUAUUAUUAUUAUUAUAACUUAUUAUUUGCACGUCUUAUCCGGCUGUUAUUUGAUUUUUAAGAACAAUUUUUUAAUUUUUAUCAAAUUAUUUUUGAAUGAUUUUACCAGGGUUUGAAGUAUUGAUUGUUCUGUUGCUUUCAGCAAUUCUGUACACAUCUUGACUUGGGCAUCAUGUUCUCUUCAAGACAUUUUUCAUAGAGAAAGUUAGCGAGGAGAAAUAACAAGGGGCUCUCUGUCAUACUGUACAGAUUUCAGAACUUGUAUCUGAUCAACAUAUGCUUUUGGAAAAUAUAUCAUAUUUGCCUUACUGCAAAUGUAUAUAUAACAGAUUUUAGAUAUAUAGAUAUUCAAUAUUUCAUGAAAUAUAGAAUAGUUUUAAAUUUUAAGAACAGAAAAAGAGUAAUUUCUUUAAGAGUUUUAAUUAGAGAGUUUUAAAUCCUGUUGGCUUGUUUGUAUGUGUACAUCCAAUGAAUUCCAUCCAUACUAAAGAGACCUACUUAUGAUAUUCAAAUGGUUUUGGUGCAAUUUGUGAAAUCAGUGUUUUGUAAUAAAAACAAACUUCAGAACAAAUUCAUGCUUUAAUUUGUGUCCACAUUAAUACCUUCGUUUAUCUGAGUUUCAUGCACAAAGCUCUAUUGUACCAGCAAAUAUUUGUUCGUGUUCAUAUCCAUGCAUAAUACAUUGUAAGUUGUCCUUGCUGUUUUUGUAUCACUCUGGAGCGGUUGUCUUUGUAGGAAGACCAGUAUUGUUACUUCUGAUGACGUAUUACAUUAACAUCAAUAUUUUACUAUCUUUUUACAAUAAUGCAACUUAAGGCAUACAUAUCUCCUUUUCCACUAUUAACCAGCUUCUUGAAAUGAUGGGAGAGGAUUUAAGCUAAAGGUGUCAGUUUGAUUGGGGUAUGUGAUAUUUAGGCUACCAUCAUCAAGGUCUGUUCUGAAGAAACCAUGCAAAACAGAUGAUAUCGUACUGUUAGUUUUUCAUCACUCAACUGAGUAAUUGCUUGUAAUAAGAUGAAAUUGUAAAAUAAUAACUUGAUUGACUUUUGCAAAUUGUAGAGAGAAAACAAUGGCAUUGUUUUAUUUUUGUUCAGAAUUAAUUUUAAUCAGAAUUACUCAGGUAUGAAAAUGAAGAUCUCAGUUUUAGGCCAGUCGUAUAAUUUCCUGAGAUAGGCAAGCAUUUUGAUGAAACUUUGUAUACAGACUUUGAAGUAUGGCUCCGUCAGAUACUUUCAAUAUUAUGAAAACACAUACCAUUUACAGUCGUUGCCACUCUUAGAUUGAUCCCUCUGAAUUAUACAUACUGAGAAACAUUUUGUACACCUAUGGUAUCUCUAGAUGGUUGGUGUAUUUUAAUAACAUUGAUUGUAUUGAUUGUAAAAAAUGUACUAUGUAUCACCACAGAAUAUUGAUACUUCAUUUUGUUUCUAUGCCACUAUUUGUAAAUUCCCAUAGUCUCCUCCUAAAAGUAACAAAUAUGCACAUGCAUCUGCAUGCACAUGCAUACCUUGAUGGCUGAUCCAAAAUAUAAAUAUUAAAAAUCUCAAGACCAAUAGAUAAUGAUCGACAUAUAAAUUUGGUGCAUGAGUCAUGUUUCAGAAAAUAUGAUAGUUUUUGAAAAGCAUAAGAAAUGAUAGGAUGUGCCAAUGUGAUAUGCAUGCAAAUGUAUGUGUGUGUUUGAGAUAUGUGUGUAUAUGUCAUUCAGGGGACUUUGCUGAUACUCAGCUCAUGCUGCUGCAAGUUUUUCCAGUAUGUGUUUUGGAAUGGAAAUAUUUCAGUUUCCGUUACUUUUUAGCCACUAGGCAAUCUUUCACCCCCCAUUUAUGCCGAUGAACCCCUUGCGGGAGAGGGGAAGUCUAUUCAUUGUUAUCCAGGAUGGGUCUAUUUUCGUGAUAAUAGGGGUGUAGGAAGAACAAUCAUGUUGGUUGUGUUUAACCAAUUUUACUAUUUUCAUUAUGUGUUUUAUUCUGUUUAAAGUUCUAAUGACAAUGUUGAAAUGUUACAGAGCCAGGCUGCAUCACUUACUGGUCAUUCAAGCUUUGUAAAAACACAGUAGUAUCUUGCAGCACGGUUUCAAUAUAUGCCAAUUUUUAUGCAUUCAUCAUUGUCACUUAUUGGUCUGUGAUGGCCAAUGUUCACCGAGCUCAUUUCUCUCUGUUCAUCUCCGUUACCAUCGUGACAGUUUCCACGUGUUGUUCUUUCUCAUUGAGAUGAAUCAUCCUUAGGUUUGUCGUAAUCUGACUCAUUCAGUAGGUGCUAAUUCUUGCUUACCCCGACACUCAAAGUUUUUUGGGAUUAACUUAUCAUUCUUCUCCAUUGUAGUUAGAGCAGCCUCAACCUCUCAUUAAUUGGUACUGGUCACGUUAACCACCUGUUGUGUUAAUUAACAAUUAGCUUCCUCCAUUUCCUACUUAUUCUAGUUUUCUGCAUGCUCCAAAGACAACACGUCAAUAUAACAUUUAUUUUCAAAUUCCAUGCAAACAGGCUUCAUAUGCACACUAUGAAAUUUGCUUGUUUUAUAUAAAUGUCUCACAAGAGUGAUAUAAAGUAUGAUGAAUUAAAAAAAGUUAUUUAUCUAGAUAUGAAAUUUUGACAUUUUCUUUAUGUGAAUCUCGAUUGUCAAGUGGUGGUGUAAGGAAUGGACACUAGAGCACACGUACACCCUAGAUGGGUUAUGUCCCCUUGGUUCAAGGACCCUGUAUCUGUAGACACAGCCCAUGCUGGGGAAGGAAAUAAGGGGAGAUAAUCCUUCUAUGUUCACCUCUUCAUGUUUUGAUCACUUAUACAGUGUAGUGCUUUCAAUAUAUUGUCCUUUAAAUCUUUGAAUAAAAAACUCCAUUACCA